CUAUGACCAUGCGACAUAUAACAAAUCUGCGUCGCUCUGAACUUGCACAAAACAUACAAAACAUACAACACAUGACUUCGAAUUCUUCUACAAGCAAUGUAACUCAACAGACCAAUAAUAUACAAAAUAAUCAAUUACGUCAAUCUAUGGCUCAAGCACCGAGGCAACAGAAUAAUAUUACAUUGCCAAACGUAGGAUUAAACGUACCUUCUAAUUCAGUUCAUCCAUCAAAAAUGGUUCUUUCAUCUGGGAUGGGACCAUCUCCCUCUACACCCGGUAUAAGACAGAAUAAUGGAAUACAAUCAAGUAGUUCAACUAAACCUAUAAUAGCUCAUGGAUUAUUUACACCGAAUAAUAUGUCACAAACACCCGGAUCAUCAAACGUAAGACAGAAUGUAUUGAAUCUCCAAAAAUUACUCAUGAACCAAAAUAUUUCUGGUGUUAAUGGGUCACAUAAUAUCAAUGUGAACACUAACUCAUCUCUUGGUAAUAAUGGUUCGCAGACGAUUAAUGUGAAUCCAAAUGUCUCAUUGGGUACUAACGGUCAAUUUGUUCAGGGUAACCUUAUGGGAAUGAACGGCAUUAUUCCAGCAAAUGGACAACCAACUAGUAUAAUGCAAUUAAAUGGUCGAAGCUAUAUCAUUUCCAAUAAUAUGUCUCAACUUAAUGGCGCUAGCAACUUAGGUCUUAGACCAGGUAACGGGUCUGCUAAUUUGGGCUCACGACCUAAUAACAUGGUUCUUCCGAUCAAUCUCCGACAAGGUACUCCAACUCUUCGACAGGUACCUACGAACGGCGCAGCUGCAGCUUUACGUCAUAAUAUGGUACAUCCAAAUGGUUUUAUUACUAAUGGUGCUAACUUUAGACAAAUUAAUUCGACCCAGAUGAGACCACAACAACCUAUGAUGAGGCACAAUAUGAUUUUGAAUCCUCAAAUGUUACCGAGUCAAAUUUUAACAAACGGUCAAAAUAAUAACCUUGAAAUUUUGCUUACAAAUAGUCCAAUACAAAAUAACGUAAGCCCAGCAAGUGUGUCGACAUCGAAUGGUGGCAAUAAUUCGGUUGGAACACCUUCACCACAACCUCAAGCAGAACAAAGAACUGUUCGUUAG